AUUUUUCCGUCGUAACCUGUAUCCAGGGCGACGAUUGAAAACGCACACAUGCAGGCAGUUGCACCAGCGGUCUCACCAUGAUGCGAUGGUGAACGUUCGGCGCGGAGUGGGCUAAUGCGCGGUGGAGAAAAUGCCUUGCAGCCAACUAGAUGAUCCUGCCUCCACUUCCAUUCCUGAAUUGGACUCGGCCACCCAUGAGCGACGCGGAAGACAUCUUUGGGGGCCUCGCAUGCGCCGCGUUCUGUGGGAUCUGCUGUGCGGUGGCCGCAGAAGAAGACAAGAAAGAGCGAGAAUUAAUCGCUCAGAUCGAUGCCAAGGGGUUGAAUGCCGGCGGCGAUCCCGUCGUGCGUAAAGGUGGCAGGCAGCAGCCCAUUCAAGUCAACCCUGUUGCCGUCACGACGUUUGUGAACCCUCAGCUAGCAAGCGGACGACCCGGCCCGUCAAGCCUCGCCACCUCCUCAUCAGCGCACUAGCGGGCGCUCCGUGCGCUAAGUAGCUACACUUUAAUGGAAGUCAUCUUCUAAACGGCAUCCUGGCCAAGCCAGACCCCGUCGUUGU